GUGAAAGGUAUGAAAAGUGGAAGGAUAACUUCUGAGUGUCAGGUUACAUUAUGGAGUAAAUGCACUGAUGGUUUAUUUGGUGAGAACGAUCAUUUAGAGCUUUGUCAGGAUCUAUAAACAUGCAUGAAUAUGUGUACUUAUAUAAAAGCACACAUAUUCAUGCAUGUUUAUAGAUCCUGAAAUAUGUGACAGUUAAAGCUGGAGAAAUGAUCAACAAAACGCACUGAACUGUCUCACUCUCUCUGUCUGUCUGUCUCUGUUUCUUUGUCUCUCUGUAAUGGCGGUGCAGUUCCACUGAGUGUGGGUUGAAGUGAAGCUGAUUGGUCGGCUGCUGUAAAGAGAAAUUAAAACGUGUUUUUGAUUGCGUUGUGUUAUGAUGAUCAGAAUCAAACUUGGUGACGUUAUUCCUGUAAUAACAUGGUUGAUUUUUGCACUGUGUUUGAACAGCGUCAUGGAGAAGAAGUACUGCAUUGCUUGCGCCACCAUUGUGAUUGUUUUGAUUACUGUCCUCGCUGUGUAUUUACUGAAAAGAAAUAAACCGCCCAUCAGCGAUCACUGCUACUCCAAAGCCGCUGUAGCAGCCGACGCUGGGAAAUGUUCUGAGAUCGGCAGGGAUGUGUUAAAGCGUGGUGGUUCUGCAGUGGAUGCUGCCAUCGCAGCGCUGCUGUGUGUCGGACUGUUUAACGUUCACAGCAUGGGCAUCGGAGGAGGACAUUUCUUCAUUAUCUAUAACGGCACUACAGGGAAGGUGGAGACGAUCAACGCAAAGGAAACGGCUCCCCAAAAUGCCACAAGUGACAUGUUCCCCACCGAAGAACUCUCAAAAACAGGAGGCCUGUCCAUCGCGGUCCCCGGUGAGCUCCGUGGCUAUGAACUGGCACACCGGCGUCAUGGCCGUUUGCCGUGGAAGGAGCUGUUUAAGCCGAGCAUCCAGCUGGCACGUGACGGCAUCCGAGUCAACGGAGUUCUCGCCAAAGCCAUGGAGAAAAAAAAGGGGGACAUUGAAGCUGAUCCAGCACUGUGUGAAGUAUUUUGUGAUUCCAACAAAACAAUCCUGAGGGAAAACGACACUAUCAGAUUUCCACGGCUAGCAGACACCUACGAGAGGAUCGCUGAGGAAGGAGCUGAUGUUUUUUAUAAUGGCUCCAUGGCUAAAACGAUAGUGAAUGACAUCCGGGCUGCAGGUGGUGUUAUAACACUUGAAGACCUGUCCGGGUAUACAGCAGAGUUGAAUGAAAGCCCACUGAAGAUAAAUGUAGGAGAAUACACCAUGCAUUUUCCAAAUGCUCCAUCAAGCGGUCCUGUGCUAGCGCUAAUGCUAAACAUUUUGGACGGUUAUAAUUUCUCACCCAGCAGUGUGUUGACUACAGAGAAGAAGACGCUCACUUAUCACCGCAUCAUCGAGGCUUUCCGCUUCGCCUUCGCUAUGAGGAGCAGGCUGGGAGAUCCUCGCUACCUCAACAUCACUGACCUCAUCCACAACAUGACCUCAGACUACUUUGCUGAUAACAUCCGCAGUAAGAUCACAGAUAACACCACGCACCCAGAGAGUUUCUAUGGGCCGGAAUACUUUAACCCUGAGGAUCAUGGGACAACUCACCUGUCCAUCAUCGCUGAGGAUGGGAGCGCUGUGGGUGUGACCAGCAGCAUCAACCUGAAGUUUGGUUCUAAAGUGAUGUCACGUUCCACUGGAAUCAUCUUUAAUGAUAUGGUGGAUGACUUCAGUUCUCCAAACUUCAGAAAUGCAUACGAAGUUCCUCCUUCUCCUAAUAACUUCAUCCAGCCAGGUAAAAGGCCGCUCUCGUCCAUGAACCCAACCAUCAUCUGCGACAAACACAACAAAGUUAAAAUGGUCGUGGGAGCUUCAGGUGGGACGAAGAUCACCACGGCAACGGCUCUGGUGAUCCUGAACACUCUGUUCUUUAACUACGAUCUGAAGAGAGCUGUAGAGGAACCCAGAUUCCACAACCAGCUCAACAACACCGACACCGUGCUGGAACAGGACUUCGAGAAGAGUGUUAAAGAUGGACUAGAGCAGAAGAAUCAUGUGAUAAAGUGGUUGGAGAGUAAUCCUGCGGUGGUUCAGGCCGUGGUGAGGCAGGAUGGUAAGAUCUGUGCUGAAUCGGACCCACGGAAAGGAGGAUAUCCCGCCGGCUACUGAAACAAACUUUAAUAAUAAUCAACUUUUAUCUGUACAGCUUUGAUAAAACAAAGACUGGGGCGGUUGUGUCUCAGGUGGUUGAGCGGGUUGUCCACUAAUCGUAGGGUUGGCGGUUCGAUUCCCGAUCCACAUGACUCCACAUACCGAAGUGUCCUUGGGCAAGACACUGAACCCCAAGUUGCUCCCGAUGGCAAGUUAGCUCCUUGCAUGGCAGCUCUGCUACCAUUGGUGUGUGAGUGUGUGUGUGUGAAUGAGACACAGUGUAAAGCGCUUUGGAUAAAAGCACUAUAUAAGUGCGCCAUUUACCAUUUUACAAAGACAUUUACGCAAAUCUGAAUGAAUCGUACAAAUCAUUAGAACGUUUCCAAUACACAGAGAACCUCCCUCCAUAUACUGUUUAUAUUUCAUAUAUUUUAACUAUUUGCUGGAAGACACGGGUUAAAAUUUGACCUUAAAUUAAAGAAGAAACACUUUUGGAUGUAAAGAUGGAUGGUGUGGCUUCUUUUAUUUAUUGUAUUCAGUUCAUAUACAGCCAGAUUGUGCUCCUUACAUUCCUUCUGAAUGCUGUAUUAUUUGAUCUCACUUCAUUUCUUCUAUUGUGUGUUGGAAAAAGGUGUUUAUUAAGAAUCAGUCAUAUGGGGACGUGCUGAUCUGGGAAAAUCAUCAACGUUGAGGUGGUGACAGUAACUUCGCUUCAGAACACCACCCCGUCGUUGAUUAUUUCCUAUAACAGCAUGUCUUAAAGUGUUUUAUUCCUCUUGUACCACAGCAAUUUGCAGAUGAUUACACAUAAUUUUUUAUCCAUUUAUAGUUAUGUUUAAUGUUGUUGAAUGUUGUUCAUGUUCUCACUUACGUUAUAGCAGCUAUAAACAGUCGUUCCCUCACCACCUCACAGUUUUUCUCACAUAAGAUGAAAAAACAAAUAAUCGCAGCUCAUCAUGUUUCUGAGAAACUGCAAAGAAGCGUAAACUCCUCUGUCCUGAAGAUGUCAGAAGUUACAGCUUUACCUCUGACUGCUACAAACCCCUGACACUGGAGACUCCUUCCAUGAACAUUACAUAAACACAUUUCUCCUUACAGAAAACGUCAGAUCAAUGAUUUUUAAAAAUCUCUGCACUGUAAAUGUCCCUGUGAAUGAGCUGUUACUAUAGAAACAAUAACUUAUUAGAACGAGCGCAUUAAUAUAAACCUGUGAUUUGCAGCUGUGCUACUCGACUUUAAUGACUUUUAUCCAUUGAUGAUUUAUGUAUUUAGUGAACACCUAAUAGCUGAAAUUUGCAAAUGUAUUUCUAUGUUGUUCUAAUUUGUAAUACUUGCACUUAACUACUAUAAAUAAAUGUUUUAUACACAAACAUACACAAAUGGUUGUUAGUUACAGUAAUCGUUAUAAGGAAUAAAUUUGAUAUUUUUACCACUACAAAAUAAUAAUAACGGGGAAGAUCUCUUAUCACCAGAUCAUAUCAGUGCAUCUAUUUGGUAAACACGCCAUUUACACACAACUUUCUGCAGCACUUUAUUGUUCCUUCGUCUUCACUGUAUUCACUGGUUGCUUUUCUUUUAAAGAGGUAAGAAAGGUGUUAAAAUAUAAACACUUUUUCCUUAGUUUAGUUUCUGUCACGUAAUGUAGGCUGAGACGGAAGCAAUUGCAGGUAUGGCAGUUUAAUAAAAUAACACGUCCAAGGGAUCAGGCAGAAAUCAAGAUACAUUGGCAAGCAAGGGUCAAACGAUCAGGCAAACAGAC